UGAAGACGAAGAAAAGAAGAGAGAUGCAACGGAUAACCCAAUUCCAAAGUACCAAGAGAAGUGAAAAAACGAGGGGAGAAGAGAGAAAAAAGAAUGGCAGUCCUUUCCUCUUAUCCAAGUACUCUUACUAUCUCCUUGUCCUUUACUUAUCAAAAUUUGUGUAGUUCCCUCAAUUCUACUGGUUUCCUUCAACAAUCUACAUCUCGUCGGUUUCACAUCCGAACAGUCGGAGCUUCGCAGGUGUGCACGCCACACGAGGUCGACAAAUCGUCACUGAUUAUAGCCGAAACGGAGGCGGAGGACGAGCUCUGGGCCGCCUCUUGUCUCCGUGUCCGAUCCUUCUACGAGUUCACGCCUUCCUCUUAUGGCAUCCCAGAUCAUAGAAGGUACUUGGCGGAGCGCGAGUUUGAAGCAGUAAAAGAGCGUAUUGCUGGUAAGAGGACAGGCUUUAGAAGAGUUUCUUGCAUAAAUGCCAGUCUUCCAUUAUCACAAAUAUCAAGCUUAUCUGAAGAGUUAUGUGCUGAAUGUAAGGAUCUUUCGACGAAGCAGAUUAUUGGUAGAGGGAGUAAGUUAGAGGGACUUUACGUCUUGGAUCAGCAACUACCUCGAUCUCCUCGAUCUCUGUAUACGCGUAAUGGAGAAGAUCGAGUAGUAGUUGGAACACUUGAUCUUAAUCAGUGUCUAAGACUACCAGAUGAAAUAACAGGCAAAAAACCUGAGCAGGGCAUUGGAGCUGAUUUUAUGAGGGCAUACCUGAGUAAUGUAUGUGUUGCCAAGGAACUGCAAAGACACGGCUUGGGUCAUCAACUUGUUGCAAAGUCAAAAAUAAUAGCUCAAGAAUGGGGCAUAAGUGACCUAUAUGUCCAUGUUGCUGUCGACAAUGAGCCAGCAAGAAAGUUAUACACAAAGAGUGGCUUCGUAUUUGAAAAUGAUGAACCUGCAUGGCAAGCCAGAUUUCUGGACCGGCCACGAAGGCUUCUAUUGUGGAUCGGUCUCUCUAGUGGACAUGUAUUGUAAUGUCACAGUAAUAGCUUUCUUAUUCUUUUUAUGAUAUUAAUUAUUGUUUAUAGCAUUUAACAAAAUCCUUUUCUUUCACUUUUUAACUGUAAGGUGAGCAUCAAAUCAUUUUCGCAAUGAAAAUAAUGCUUGUUACCAUAUA